AAAUCUGUUUUUGACUUAUUUUGUUCAAACUCUGUGUUGAAGUGGGAAUUAUUAUUUUGGAACAAGUGAGGUAAUGAAGCACUUCGAGAGACUUCCUGGCUCACUGCUCUUUUUGAUGACCCUGGUUCCUCUCAGUCUGGGUGAUAGAUUCACCUUGUUGAUCUCCAUGCCCAACACCUCCAUUCCUUUCAGUAUUGGUCGGAUUGGGGCUGGAGCUCUUAUCGCUAUCAGUUCUGUAAACAGCAGUCCGGACCUUCUGCGAGGUCAUCAUCUGGAUUACCAUUAUGUGGAUGAUGAAUGCAAUGAUCUGCGUGGCCCUGGGAAAAUUGUGGCACUUUACCAUAAACACAAAUACAGCGCUUUCAUCGGACCUUCUUGCUCAAAUGUCUGUGCAGUGACUGCUAAACUAGCAGCUUAUUGGAACAUUGCUGUCAUCAGUCCCGUAUGUGCUGAUCAACAGUUUCUAGAUAAGAAGGCCUAUCCGACCUUAACAAGAGUGUUUGGACCUUUCACUAAACUAGGGGCUUUCUUUGUGGAAAUCUGUAAGCAGUUUGGCUGGCAGCGCAUCAGUAUUGUCUAUGACAUUAAACAGUUCUGGGCUAUUCCCGCCGAGGGGAUCAGGUAUCAAGCGGAGCACAAUAACAUCACAGUGGCCAAGUAUCAAGAAAUUCAUGGCUCUCUUUCUCAAGGGUCCUUGUCGACCUGGUCCUGGGUCUUAACUGAGGUGGCACAAGUCUCUCGCAUUAUUGUGAUAUCAGCACAUGGCAAGGUGGUCCGCAGUUUGCUAAUUGAAGCUCACAAGAAAGGCCUCACCAACGGAGAUUUCGUUUUCUUUUGUUUCGAGCCAUACAAGCAAAAGGUGCUAUUUGGCAGUUUUGACUGGAAACAAGGUGAUGGAUAUGACUCAGUAGUCAAGCAAGCUUAUCAGGCUCUGUUUUUCCUGUCCCUGUAUAAACCCAGUGAUAAACGGUAUCAGGCCUUCUCAGAGAAUGUCAUCAGAAGGUCCAAAAUAGACUUUGGCUAUACAUAUGCUCCUAAUGAAAAGGUGUCAUUCCUAGCAGCCAUAGCCCAUGAUAGUGUCUGGCUGUAUGCCCAGACAUUAAACAAAACUUUGGCAGAAAAAGAAAACCCAUAUGACGGCUUAGCCAUCACUCGACGAAUGUGGAACAGAACCAUUACAGGUAUUCAAGGAGAUGUAACUAUUGAUGCGAGUGGAGACCGUGAGUUAAAUUACAUGAUGAAACAAUUUCAAGGUGGUAAUAACCAGUGUCAGGUCAUUGCACACUAUUUUGGGACUUAUAAGGCAGUACAAGGGGUUCAAAUCAAGUGGCCUGGAGGACGGACAACUCCUCCCAAAGACUCUCCAGACUGUGGCUUUCAAGGAGAACUCUGCAUCAAUCUAGAGAGAAAAUUCUUGAUUGCUUUGGGGAUUAUUGUUGGCUUGGUGGCCGCAGGGACCCUUGUAGUCUGUGUUUUAUACAGGAAGUUCAAACUCCAGGAAGACGCUUCCAAGAUGCUGUGGACAGUCAAUGCUGAUGAUGUCAUAAUGAUGCCGCAUCACUCCUCAACCUUGCCAGCAAAGUCCCACAGAUCCAAACCUAUUCAGGCUUCUUUGGAGUCUAUAAUUUGCAGCAUGCAAGACAAGCCAUCAGCACACAGAACUGCAGUCUACAAAGGGACAAUUUGUUCUGUUUGCUUUCUGAAUUUAAGAAGCACUCAUCUAAGCAGUGAGCUGUUGGCGGAACUCAAACAUUGCAGAGAUUCGACCCACUAUAACCUUUGUAAAUUUAUUGGAGCGGCCCUGGAGACCCCUCAGCCCUUCAUUCUUACAGAGUACUGCCCUAAAGGAAGCCUGGAGGAAAUUUUGAAGAAUGAGUCUAUCAAGCUGGACUGGACUUUCAAGUAUUCCCUCAUGCUAGACAUUGUAAAGGGAAUGGACUAUUUGCACCACAGUCCCUUGCACUGUCACGGUCGCCUCUCGUCAUCAAGCUGUGUCGUGGACAGCCGCUUUGUCCUGAAGGUCACUGAUUUUGGACUUAAUGCAGUCAGGCGUUCAGACUCAGAGCAGAGCCCUGGAUUUGACCCCUGGACCGCUCUGUUAUGGAGGGCACCAGAGCUGCUGAGAGAGUCCAUUUCAGCUAAUGGUACUCAAAAAGGGGACAUCUACAGUUUUGCCAUUAUUGCUCAAGAGGUAGUAUAUCGUAGAGGGCCUUUCUACAUUCCCAACUGUCACUUCAGUGCUAGAGAGAUUGUGGAGAGGGUCAGGGCGAGAGGCUGUAGCCCAUUGAGGCCUCACAUAGACCCAUCGGAGGGUGUAGAGGAACUGGAGGGAAUCAUAGUCAGCUGCUGGAGAGAGAAACCUGCAGAGAGACCAGACUUCUCUUCUCUCAGGACUGCCAUCAAGAAACUCUGUCCUAAUGGAGGCUCUGAGAACAUUCUGGAUAACCUGCUGUCCCGUAUGGAGCAGUAUGCGUGUAAUCUGGAGGAGAUAGUCAGUGAACGUACCGCUGAACUCCAGGAAGAGAAGAAGCGAGCAGAGGGACUACUCACACAGAUGUUGCCACGAUGUGUAGCCGCUCAGCUCAUAGCGGGAAAGACAGUGAGAGCAGAAACCUAUGACUGCGUAACCAUCUAUUUCAGUGACAUUGAAGGCUUCACAGUCAUGUCAGCAUCCCUCACGCCAAUGCAGGUAGUGAACGUGCUGAAUGACCUGUACACAUACUUCGACAAUAUCAUUGACAACCACAAUGUUUAUAAGGUAGAAACCAUUGGCGAUUCCUACAUGGUAGUGUCGGGCCUGCCUACCAGAAAUGGAGACGACCAUGUAAAAGAAAUAGCAAGUAUGUCAUUAGCUGUAGUGCAGGGCAUGAGGAGCUUCUACAGUCCACACAUACCAGAGCAGCAGCUGAGGGUCCGCAUUGGAGUUCAUUCAGGGCCUUGUGUCGCGGGGGUUGUGGGUCUGAAAAUGCCACGCUACUGUUUAUUUGGAGACACUGUGAACACUGCCUCCAGGAUGGAGACAUAUGGAUUACCACUGAGGAUCCAUGUGAGCAGUUCCACCAAGUCUCUCCUUGACACUUUCAGGACUUUCCGCUGUGAACUGCGAGGUGACAUCCACAUAAAGGGAAAGGGCUGGGUGAGGACAUACUGGCUUUUGGGAGAGGACUACUAAACCAGAUCCCUUUUUUCAAUACUUUUUAACAAUUUUUUCAAAGAGUAUAUUACACUAUAUUUCUACUUUGUUUUGCAUGUUUGCAAAAUUUUAGUUCAAGAAGCAAAUGUUUG